AUGGUCUUUGUGCGCGGUGGGAAGUCAGAGUAUGCGGCUUGGGAGCAGCUGGGUGCCAAAGGCUGGGGAUGGGAUGACCUGUUGCCGUACUUUCGGAAAAGCGAGAAUUUCACGACCCCGCCUCAAGACUUUGCUGACGCUGCCAACAUCUCGUGGGUAGAGUCGGCUCACGGCCACACCGGACCUGUCCGUGCCUCGUAUCCCAAUUAUUAUUUCCCCGGUGCUGAAAACUUCUGGCAAGCUGCUCUACAAAGCGGCCUCACCCCUUCCCCGGACCCCAAUGGCGGCGACCGGGCGGUCGGUCUCUUCAACUUCCCCACCCUCGCCGACGCAACAACCCGGACCCGGAGCCACGCGCGGAUCAAUCAUUACCAACGCGUCAAAGACUCUCGUCCCAACUACCACAUUCUGGCUGAACACACUGUAUCCAAAAUCCUUUUCAAGGGAAAGCGGGCCGUUGGUCUCGAGUAUCUACCUUCAACUGGAGGUGAGCGUCUCGACGUCUACGCGAAGAAGGAGGUCCUCCUGGCUGCUGGGGCGCUUCAUACCCCACAGAUUCUACAGCUUUCUGGCAUCGGGUCAAAACAGUUCCUGAAGACCUUUGGAAUCGAUUCCGUUGCUGAUCUGCCUGGGGUUGGCGAGAACUUUAUGGAUCAGGGUGAACUAAAGGUUCCCUUCACAUUUGAGAACAACAUUUUCCCCAACUCUGGAGCUCUAGACACCAACAAAACAUACGAUGCCGAACAACGCGCCCUUUACGAUGCCCAAAAGCAAGGAGCGUACACCAUCGUCAGAACCCUGAGCACAAACCUAGCCGUACCGCCGCUAGCCAACACAACCUCCUCCUGGCGCGACAUCCUCGCCACUGCAAAGUCCCACGACCCCACCGAGUAUCUUGCUCCAGGUACCCCUGCAUCCGUUCAAGAAGGCUACAAGAAGCAGCGGGAAAUCGUUCUCGACCAGCUCGCAGGACAAGACGUGCCCCUCGGCAUGGUCCACUGGGGCACCGGCAAUAGUAUCACGCUCUACUUCCUCCGGGCGCUGAGCCGGGGGUCGGUGAAGAUUAACUCCACGGACCCGCUGCAGCAACCCGUCAUUGACUUUCGCACUGCUUCUGAUCCCACUGACUUCGACCUCGCUGUGGCGCUAUUUGAGAAGGGGAAGGAGAUCAUGUCUGCGCCGGCGAUGAAGAUUCUUGGGCCCAAGAUGGCGGCACCGUAUGAUACCGCUUCCAAAGAAGAGAUGAAGACGUUGCUGGCUGCGAACAUGUCACCUUCGAACGCCCAUUCGUGUUGUACUGCGGCUAUGGUACCCAAGGAAGAAGGAGGUGUGGUGGAUACGGAGAUGCAGGUUUAUGGGGUUAAGGGGUUGAGGGUUAUUGAUGUUAGUUAUUGGCCCAUGGUGUUGACUGCAGCGCCGACGGCAACGACUUAUGCCUCUGGAGAAAAGAUUGCGGAUAUCAUCAAGAAAAAGUAUGGUAUCGCCUCACUCUGA